AUGAAUUUAAAGAAGAAGCUAGGAGUAUACAAGAAGAGAUGGUGCGAACAACUGCACAACGUCCUAUGGGCUUAUCGAACUACAAGAAGGUCAGCUACGGGGGAAUCUCCAUUCUUGUUGACAUACAGAGCCGAAGCAGACAUCCCAACGGAGGUGAUACUUCCGACAACAAAAACAGAAGCAUGGGAGAAGAAUCUAACAACAAACUUGAUGUUGGAGAAGUUGGAUGACCUUGAAGAAAGGAGUGAGGUAGCCUUGCAAAAGAUGGUAAGCUAUCAACGAAGGUUGGUUCGGAAAUACAACAAGCGGGUCAUUCCUCAGAACUUUGUGGCCGAAGAAUACGUACUACGUCAGAUACCGCCAUAUCAAAGAAACAAGGAGUGGGGCAAGCUAGCUCAUACAUGGGACGGACCCUAUAUCAUACACGACAUUGCCGAAAAAGGAUCUUACUACUUAAGAACCCUCAAAGGCGAAAUACUACAACACCCUUGGAAUGCUAUAUACCUAAAAAAGUACUACCAUAAGAGAAUGGUGACUACUCAGGAGAAGAAAGGAAUGAGAAAUAGCCCACCACGUUUUAUCACUGAUCAAAGGUAG